UAAAACAGAAUAAUUUAAAAGUAAUAGUAACAGAUAUUUGUUGCAAUGUUGGAAACUAAAAUACCUGUAAAGAUAAAAGUGGUUAUUCUUGUUGGAGGCCCUCAAAGAGGUACAAGAUUUCGUCCUCUGUCAUUAGAAGUUCCAAAGCCCUUGUUUCCUGUAGCUGGAUUUCCAUUGCUUGAACAUCAUAUUGCUGCUUGUAAAAUGGUUGAAGAUAUCGGUGAAGUUAUUCUCUUAGGUUAUUACCAACUCAAUGAAAUUAUAUCACGAUUUAUUGAUGAUAUGAAAAGAAAGUAUAAACUCAAUAUUAUUUAUUUUCAAGAAUACCAACCAUUGGGUACUGCAGGUGGUUUGUAUCAUUUUCGUGAUCAAAUUAUUAGCAAGCAUGCCUCUGCUGUUAUUGUUAUACAUGCAGAUAUAUUUUGCAUUUUACCAUUAAAUGAGAUGCUUUCAUUGUUCUACCUAAAAAACAAGCUUAAAGAUGGUUCACAUAUUGUGUUAGGAACUCAAGUACAUAUGGGAAAUGUUACAACUCAGUCUGAACAUGGAAACAUGGUAGUUGAUCCAAGCUCUUCAGAAAUUAAACAUUAUGUUGAAAAACCAGAGAACUCAGUGAGUGCUAUUAUCAAUUGUGGUGUAUAUAUUUUUCACCCUUCAAUCUUCAAAUCACUUUCAGAAAUGUAUAUGCAUAACUUACAAAGAGCAAAUGAACAAGAGGAUUGCAACUCUAGUCGUAAUCCUGAACUUAUGUUUAUUGGCAAUUUGUUUUCACGCAUUGCUGGCAACAACCAGUUAUUUUGUCAUAUGCUUUACAAAUCAUUUUGGGGUUCAAUGAAAGGUGCUGGUUCUGCAAUUUUUGCAAACAAACAGUAUCUCGCUGCUUAUAAAUCUAACUCAAGUAUACAGUUGGCUGAGUUAGCUUCAAAUCCACCUUUUAAAAUGGAAAUUAUAGGUGAUGUGUAUAUCCAUCCAUCUGCUCAAGUUGAUCCAACAGCUAAGAUUGGACCAAAUGUAUCAAUUGGCUGUCACUGCAUAAUUGGGCCAGGAGUGCGUAUUCGUGAAUCCAUCAUUUUAGAUGGUGCUGAGUUGAGGGAAAAUUGUUGUGUUAUAUACAGCAUUAUUGGAUGGAGAUGUUUAAUAGGACCUUGGUCACGAAUUGAAGGAACUUCAAGUGAACCUAACCCUAAUUAUCCUCACACUCUAUUUAACAAUGAAUCAUUGUUUCAUUCAGAUGGAAAACUGAUUCCCUCUAUUACUAUAUUAGGAUGUAACGUGACGAUUCCUCGUGAAGUCAUCAUUUUGAAUUCAAUUGUUCUUCCCCACAAAGAGCUGUGUUCUAGUCACAAAAAUGAAAUCAUUUUAUAAUUUUUGGACGCGCAAUUAAAGUGAAGGUAAUUUCGACGUGAAGUCAUAGUAUUAGAGUGGUAGGUGAUUUUGGGCGAAACUUCACGUGUGCAUAAUUUACAUAAAAAACUUUAUUUAUAAAAAUUUUGACAGUAAUUAUUUUAUAUGCGUUAUGAAUUAUUUAUUUUAAACGUAGCAGUAUUGUGAAUUAAUAUUUUCAUUGUGUUGUAAUCAAAUUUCUGGUAUUAAAUUAUAUUUUUUGAUAAAAAAAAUUUUUUUGUCUUAUUUUUUUAUUUAUUGGAUAAUUGUAAAAGGAUUUAAAAUGUUAUUUCUAAAUUCUGAAAUAAGAUUAUUUGGAUUUUGAA